CAGACGGCCAUUUGUGGCGGCGCUGGAGGCUGCGUUCGGCAGGCGCUGCGGAGACGCGUAGAGGAGCGCGCCCCCCGGCCGCUGCCGCCCCUGGCCCGUGCCGUCACCCUAAUUCUCCGCGCCUCGGGCGGUACCCAGCCAGCCCCCAGCGCCGCGCUACCGCACUGACCGGCCCUCCCGACGCCUCCCGGUACCCGGGACCCCAGCCCGGCCGCUCGCCCGCAGCCCGCCGGCCGCACACGUCCCCGGAGCCGGGCCUAGGGCGGGCGGCAGCGGCGGCUCGGCGCAGUCAGGCUGGGCUCUGCGGCGUCCCCAUGGCCGCGGCCGGCUGGCGGGACGGCUCCGGCCAGGAGAAGUACCGGCUCGUGGUGGUCGGCGGGGGCGGCGUGGGCAAGUCGGCGCUCACCAUCCAGUUCAUCCAGUCCUAUUUUGUAACAGAUUAUGAUCCAACCAUUGAAGAUUCUUACACAAAGCAGUGUGUGAUAGAUGACAGAGCAGCCCGGCUAGAUAUUUUGGAUACAGCAGGACAAGAAGAGUUUGGAGCCAUGAGAGAACAGUAUAUGAGGACUGGCGAGGGCUUCCUGUUGGUCUUUUCAGUCACAGAUAGAGGCAGUUUUGAAGAAAUCUAUAAGUUUCAAAGACAGAUUCUCAGAGUAAAGGAUCGUGAUGAGUUCCCAAUGAUUUUAAUUGGUAAUAAAGCAGAUCUGGAUCAUCAAAGACAGGUAACACAGGAAGAAGGACAGCAGUUAGCACGGCAACUUAAGGUAACAUACAUGGAGGCAUCAGCAAAGAUUAGGAUGAAUGUAGAUCAAGCUUUCCAUGAACUUGUCCGGGUUAUCAGGAAAUUUCAAGAGCAGGAAUGUCCUCCUUCACCAGAACCAACACGGAAAGAAAAAGACAAGAAAGGCUGCCAUUGUGUCAUUUUCUAGAAUCCCUUCAGUUUUAGCUACCAACUGCCAGGAAAAGCCCCCAUCUUCUCUUCCUCUCCUCAGUUUACAUCUUGUUGGUACCUUUCUAGCCUUAGACAGAUGAACACCAUGUUAGCCUUAGACCAAGAAGCUGGCUAGUCCUUUCCGUGAAGCUAAUAACAGUGGUCAUUACCAGACAAAUUUAAAGGAAACACUAAGGCUGCUUCAAAGAUUAUCUGAUUCCUUUAAAAUAUAUGUCUAUAUACACAGACAUGCUCUUUUUUUAAGUGCUUACAUUUUAAUAGAGAUGAAUCAGUUUUGGAAUCUAAGCUGUUUGCCAAGCUGAAGCUACAGGUUGUGAAAUAAUUUUUAACUUUUGGAAUCAUACUGCCUACUGUUACUCUAAAUAGAAAUAUAGGGAUUUUUUUUUAAUGUGAAUUUUUGCCUAUCUUUAAACAUUUCAAUGUCAGCCUUUGUUAACCUUAAAUACACUGAAUUGAAUCUACAAAAGUGAACCAUCUCAGACCUUUACUGAUACUACAACUUUUGUUUUCUGGUGGCCAAAAUACCAAAUGCCUAUUGUAUUUAUGGAUUAAAAACUGCUCAUAAAAGCCUGUGUUAUUACUCCUACUCUUGAAGAUGAUAAUAUUCUACGUGGUCAAAUAUUUGGACUCAUUUAGGACUUAGACAUUUCAGUGUACUUGAUUUUUUAAUUUAACUCUUUUUCACAGCCACGCUAAGGGUAAAAAGGAAUAAUUUCUGUCUGUCUUCCUUUUGAAGUAUUUCUGGAUAAGGGAUUCGAAAAACUAAAACUUUUUGUUUGAUGUAAUAUAAAAUAUGGAAUUGAUCUUUCCGGGGUCAGAGAUGAUUAAUGUUUUUGCUAUAUACUUUUAUACAUUAUUUUCUUAUCAAACUAGUUAACAAGUAUUUUUAUAUGUUUGUAAGCAGAUAUGCUUUCAUAGCAUACCUUGUGUAUAUGUAAAGAUAAGUAUUUAAUUCUCACUGUUCACUUUUAACUGACAAAGAAAAACAAGUGGAAACUACAGAAACUGUGGUAGAACUUUUACUUGCUGGUCUGGUCUUAGUUGUACCCAUCUUUGGCCAGUCACACAUCUACUCAAGAAACCUUCCCAAUAGAGUACAACAGGAUGAGACUCUGAAAUCACUUUCAGUAUUCCCUGCUAGAUAUUGAUUGUUAUUUCAAAUAUUAAGUGUAAGCUUUUAAUGGAUAAUUAGUAUAACUGUGGAUGGCAUCUGAUUUUGUUUUUAAUUCUGUGGAUUGUGUUUAAGCAAUUCAAUAGUAUGUUCUUGAUUUUGAGAUGCUAAGUGGUAUUGCACAGUUGUCACUUUAUCAAGUGUGUACAACAGUCCCAUGAAGUUUAUAGAGCAUACCCUUGUAUAGCUUCAGGUGCUAGAAUUAAAAUUGAUCUGUUAUCACAA